AAUGUUAAGGAGAAACAAGACAUUACUUUUUAAGUACUUCCUUAAUCUCAUUAAUGGAGCUUUCAUGGUCCUUGGAUUCGUAUUCAUGGGAUUUGGUGCAUGGAUUUUAUUAGAUAAAAAUAAUGUUCUCACAGCUUUCGAUGAAAAUAAUUACUUGAUAGUAGAUAUUUUUCAAAUUUUGAUUGGAACUGGAUCUGCUAUUAUUCUCCUUUGUCUCUUGGGUUAUUUGGGAAUCCACAAUGAAAUCAGAUGUCUCCUAAUUCUGUAUGCAGUAUUGUUAAUGUGGGCCAUCGGUGUCCAGGUUGUACUUUCAGUACUCAUCUUUCUAAAGAAAAAGGAGGUUCACCAUGUAUGGCAUAGUAAAAUGAAUUCUCUCAUUUCUGAGUAUGGAUCUAAAGAUAAACCUGAAGAUAUACCGAAGUGGAUUUUUCUGAAUGCUCUCCAGAAAACAUUACAGUGUUGUGGCCAACAUAAUUAUACUGACUGGAUGAAGAAUAUGAAUAAAGAAAAUUCAGAACAGGUGCCAUGUUCUUGCACAAAUUCCACAUUAAGAAAGUGGUUUUGCGAUGUGCCCCAGAAUGCAACUUACCUGGAGGGCUGUGAAAAUAAAAUCAAUACAUGGUAUAAUAUGAAUGCACUAACAUUAAUUCGAAUUAACUUUGGACUUUUGGCUUUAGAGAUUUUGCAAGUCUUCCUAACUAUGCAUUUUUUCAGACACAUCAAGAGUAGAGUAUGUGCAAAAACGUGAUGAUUGUAUUUUACCUAUCCAGAAGAACUCAAUUUUUUCUUAAAAUACUCUCAUAGUAUUAAUUCCUCAUAAAUAAGUUUAGAAUUGCAUUAAUUAAGCUGAAGACUUAC